CGUUCGAUUGCGUGGAAUUUGAGUUGAUUGAUUCCUUAUUCUUCCUCGAUUUCACUCCCUUCUUUCUUUCCAUUCUAUCAAUCGGUGUGAGAGAAAUGGGGCGAUUGUUUCAAGUUACGUUAGAGGGCAAAUUUUACACCUGUAAACACUGCAAGACCCAUCUCGCUCUUUCCGAUGAUAUCGUUUCAAAGGCCUUUCAUUGCAAGCAUGGAAAGGCAUAUCUCUUCAAUAAGGUAGUAAACGUGACUGUUGGUGUGAAGGAAGAUAGACUGAUGAUGACAGGGCUUCACACAGUUGCAGACAUUUUUUGUGUCAAAUGUGGAUCCAUUGUUGGAUGGACAUACGAAACUGCUCAUGAGAAGAACCAAAAGUACAAGGAAGGGAAGUCUGUCCUGGAACGGUGUAAGCUAUCGGGUCCUGAUGGAAGCAGUUAUUGGGUUAGUCAUGAAGUUCAUGCUCAUUUUGGUGGAAGUGAUCAAGAAGAUGUUUGAUAAAUAACGAAGAUGAUGAUGAUGAUGAUGAACAUGUACAUUCUGAAACCUCACAACUCUUGUCCAGAUUUGAUUUGUAGCUCAAAAUCAAUCAUGGAUUGUUUGUUAUCCGAAACUAAAGUAUGUGUUGUAGAUUUGGAUGCUUAUUGAGUAGUAAAAGGUAUCAGUAAAAAGUCAACAGUUGUUACCCUUUGCUAUAAUAAUAAUAAUAGCAUUUAGGGGAUUGCUUUUCUUGUAACUCGUAUCAAGGUUUUUUCAAGUAUUGCUGAUAAUACAAGUGUUGUGAUCGUAUCCAUGUUUA